UUGUUCCUAAUUCAGGUGGGCAGUGCUUGGUACAACCUCCCAAAUCACGUCUGCCAUUGCAAUGUUUGCGUUUUUCUAACUUUAACCAAAGCCCAUCGUGUCUCGGAGAUUUUCUGCGAACAUGGCCUGUCUUGACCCAGAUGUGGACUUGGAGACUAUUCCUAUGGUUGCGCUCAACGUGACCGUGAGGAAAAAGUUAGGACUUUAUCUGAACCCCAAGCACACGGUGGCCGCCGACUGGAUGGCUGUUGCAGAGGCCAUGGGCUUCACGUACCUGGAGAUAAAGAACUAUGAAGUGUCCAAAAACCCAACUAAAACCGUCCUGGAGGACUGGCAGGCUCGGACCACAGAUACUUCGGUGGGAAAGUUGUUGUCAAUCCUCGAUGAGGUGGAGAGAAAAGACAUUGUGGAAGAUCUUCGUCCUUUGAUAGAUGAGGAUAUCAGGAGGUAUCUUGAAAAUUUGAAAAAGAAAUCUGAGCCUCCAGUUCAGGUUCCUGAGGUUGACAGCUGUGUACCACGCACCCCAGAGAGGUUUGGCAUCACUGUGGAGGAUGACCCUGAAGGCUCUCCAGAGAUGUUUGAUGCUUUCAUCUGCUACUGCCAGAGCGACUUUGAGUUUGUCCAUGAAAUGAUCCGAGAGCUGGAACAGACAGAGUACAGGCUGAAACUGUGUGUGUUUGACAGAGAUGUCCUCCCAGGCUCCUGUGUGUGGACCAUCACCAGCGAACUCAUUGAACGAAGGUGUAAGAGGAUGGUAGUGGUUAUUUCUGAUGAAUAUCUCGACAGCGAUGCAUGCGACUUUCAAACCAAGUUCGCUCUCAGCCUCUGCCCUGGAGCUCGAACUAAACGACUCAUUCCUGUUAAAUACAAGUCAAUGACAAAGCCGUUCCCCAGCAUAUUGCGCUUCCUGACUGUAUGUGACUACACCCGGCCAUGCACCCAGGCGUGGUUCUGGGUACGGCUUGCCAAAGCUCUCUCGCUGCCGUAAUCAUGGAUCAGUCAGCAACUGUAAAAGUGCCUUUUUUUGUCAUUGCAUAUUUUAUGUUGGACAGUCCCCAAAUGUUACAGAUAUAAGGAAAGCUUGUAGUCUGCAUUCUGCUAACAUUAGAAUUCAUUAAUAAUUUUCCUGCACAUUGUAAUACUUACAUUUAGCUUUUCUUUGUAGAUUACACAGAUGUUUGUAUAUAGUAAUUAUAAAUCUCAAGCUGCACAAGAUUACCAUAUAUCAGCUAAUUUCCCUGCAGACAUUUUUAUUAUUAUGCUACUGAAAUUGCAAAAGUCACAAGGCUUGCCUAACACUGCUUUUGUGUUUUAUGUGGCAUAUCUGUUUAUAAGGAAUGUGAAGUGUACUUUAUUAUCUGUAAAAACGUGUGCGUGGGUGGGGGGUCACUUCCUCAUAUUUGUCUAGAUGAGAUUGAGGCUGAAAAGGAACAGCUAUUGUAAGUGGUACUUUUAUAUGCUCAGUUCAAUAGACAGCUUGUCUUUUUCUCUCAUUUGACCUGUUUUCACAUGUUGUAUUUUUAAUGAGGUGUUUUUUUAAUGAUUGAAAUAUGAUUUUGUUAAAUAAA